GAAAACAAACCAGGCACCGUUUGUUGGUUUAAAUCGAGAUCUAUGUUAUGUUAAAAAAACAUAACAGAUUCUAACAAUAAUUCAUAUAUGUAAUAACCAACUCAUCUUCUCUACGUUGGCUGCUCUAGCGCCCCCUUUAUGGCAACUGUAUACCGGACAUUCUGUCCACAUCAGGAAGAGGAGAGGCACAUUGAGAGACCGAGAGAGAAGCAGUAAUCUGUUACAUGUGAAGGAAUGGUGUAUGUUGAGCUAAAAACACCUCUGCGACGUGAAGUAUUCGGUCAUAUUUUGACACUGAUGCUACUGCGCUGGAGCAACUAGGAGUUUUAUGAAAUGCGUUGAAUGGAUGUGGAAUUGUUAGCUGCUACUGCAAAGCUGUCAACAGCGAUAUUUAUGCAUUGCACAAUAACUGAUGGGUUCAAGAUAGAGACGGCAACAUGCGGAGCCGCAGUAACUCAGGUGUGAAGCUCGAUGGAUUCGCCAGGCUCGUUCAUGAGACUAUUCUAUGUCACCAGAACCCAGUAACAGGCCUGUUGCCCUGCAGUGUCCAGCUGCCAGAUGCCUGGGUGCGUGACAAUGUCUACAGCAUCCUGGCGGUGUGGGGUCUGGGGAUGGCUUACAGGAAGAACGCUGACCGGGAUGAGGACAAGGCCAAGGCCUACGAACUGGAGCAGAGUGUUGUCAAGCUGAUGCAAGGGCUGCUCCAGUGUAUGAUGCGACAGGUGGCCAAGGUGGAGAAGUUUAAACACACUCAGAGCCCUAAGGACUGUCUGCACGCCAAGUACCACACCCCCACCUGUGCUACCGUGGUGGGGGACGAUCAGUGGGGACACCUGCAGGUUGAUGCCACCUCUCUGUACCUGCUGGUUUUGGCUCAGAUGACUGCCUCAGGUACCGUGUCUUCUGUCAUAUCAACCCUGCAUGAAGUGGCUUUUAUCCAGAACCUGGUCUUCUACAUUGAGGCUGCUUAUAAAGUUGCGGAUUAUGGAAUGUGGGAGCGAGGGGACAAGACCAAUCAGGGGAUCCCAGAACUGAACGCCAGCUCUGUGGGGAUGGCCAAGGCUGCAUUGGAGGCCAUUGAUGAGCUGGACCUCUUUGGGGCUCAUGGAGGACCCAAGUCUGUCAUUCACGUUUUGCCGGACGAGGUGGAGCAUUGCCAGGCUAUCCUGUGCUCCAUGCUGCCACGAGCCUCCACCUCUAAAGAGAUCGAUGCUGGUCUCCUGUCAAUCAUCUCCUUCCCUGCCUUCGCUGUGGAGGAUGCAGACCUGGUCACCAUCACUAAGACUGAGAUCAUAUCCAGGCUACAGGGACGCUAUGGCUGCUGCCGUUUCAUCAGAGAUGGAUACAGAUGCCCAAGAGAGGACCCGUCCCGUCUCCACUACGACCCGGCUGAACUCAAACUGUUUGAGAAUAUAGAAUGUGAAUGGCCAGUGUUCUGGACCUACCUCAUUCUGGACGGCAUCUUCAACGGAGACCUAGUACAGGUGCAGGAGUACAGAGAUGCGCUGGGAGAAGUCCUGAUCAGAGGGAAGCCCGGGAUCCGCCUGAUGCCUGAGCUCUACGCUGUCCCACCUGAAAAGAUGGAGGAAGAGUACGGGAACCCUCACUCCGUGGACAGAGUGGCUAUGGGUCAGUUACCUCACAUGUGGGGACAGUCCCUCUACAUCGUUGGUUCUCUGCUGGCCGAGGGAUUCCUCGCCACUGGAGAGAUCGACCCUCUCAACAGGCGAUUCUCCACCAAUUUCAAGCCGGACGUAGUUGUACAAGUGUGUGUGUUAGCGGAGUCGAAGGAGAUCCAGGAGCUGCUGAAGAACGAUGAAAUAGAGGUCCAGACCAUCGCUGAGGUCCAGCCCAUCAGGGUCAUGCCUGCUCGCAUCCUCAGCCACGUCUAUGUCAAACUGGGAAACUGCAAGAAGUUGAAUCUGAGCGGGAGGCCAUACAGGCACAUUGGAGUUCUGGGAACUUCGAAAUUCUACGAGAUCCGGAACCGUACCUACACAUUCACCCCUCAGUUCCUGGACCAGCAUCACUUCUACCUGGCUCUGGACAACCAGAUGAUAGUGGAGAUGCUAAGGACGGAGCUGUCCUAUCUCUCCUCCUCCUGGAGAAUGACCGGACGCCCUACCCUGACUUUCCCCAUCACACACAGCAUGCUGGUGGAUGAUGGUGAGAGCAUCGACCCGUGUAUUCUGUCCACUCUGAGGAAGCUGCACGAUGGAUAUUUCGGAGGGGCAAGGGUUCAGAUGGCAAACAUCUCCAGCUUCCAGACUACCUCGUUCCACACAGAGCUCAGCUUCCUCGACGGAGACACCGAUGACGACCUGCUGGACAAUGAAGAAGAUGAGGAAGACGAAGAAGAAAGUUAUGUCCCCUCAGGCAGCUCCAAGGACAUGUUUGACCACUACCUCAGCCAGCUGAUGCAGAGCACAGCCACCAAGUGUCAUCUCCCUCCCAUCCAGAGGGGGCAGCACCACGUGUUUAGUGCUGAACACACCACCAGAGACAUCCUCUCCUUCAUGGCCCAGGUCCAAGGCCUCAACAUGCCCAAGGCCUCCAUGUAUCUUCCCAUGACUCCCAUCAUGAACAAGCACCGUAAAUCCCUCAACCUGCUGCACGUGUCCCAGCACACACCGCUCCAUCCACACCACCACCACACGCCACAACAACAGCCCAAGGCCCCCAGUAUUGCAGACCUCCACCUGCCGCGAGACUCCCAGGGUAACACAGACUUUGGGUCUCUGGUGAGACAGUUGAAGGAGUGUCCCACACUGCAGGACCAGGCAGACAUACUAUAUAUCCUCUGUGUGAUGAAAGGUGCUGAUUGGCUGGUGGACGUGGGGGGUCAGGGCGGGGUCAGUGUGAGGUGUCUACUGGAGGAGCUGUAUGCCCAGGCUGGGGCCAACAAGGAGUGGGGUCUGAUCAGAUACAUCUCUGGUAUCCUGAGGAAGAGAGUGGAGGUGCUGGCUGAGGCCUGUACAGAUCUCAUCUCCCACCACAAGCAGCUGACAGUGGGGUUACCACCGGAGCCCAGGGAGAAAGUCAUCUCGGCGCCUCUUCCUCCAGAAGAACUCAACUCUCUGAUCUAUGAGGCCAGUGGGCAGGACAUCAGCAUCGCUGUGCUCACUCAGGAGAUCAUGGUGUACCUGGCCAUGUACGUCCGCUCCCAGCCUGCUCUGUUUGGGGACAUGCUGCGUCUCCGAAUCGGACUCAUCAUGCAGGUGAUGGCUACAGAGCUGGCCCGCAGUCUACACUGCUCAGGGGAGGAGGCCUCUGAGAGCCUGAUGAACUUGAGUCCAUCAGACAUGAAGAACCUGCUGCACCACAUCCUCAGUGGGAAGGAGUUUGGGGUGGAGAGGAGCAUGCGUCCUAUGCAGUCCUCGGCCACCAGCCCGGCUGUCUCCAUCCAUGAGCUGGGUCACACUGGGGCCACUAAGACGGAGCGCACCGGCAUCCGCAAGCUGAAGCGUGAGAUCAAACAGAUGAGUAACAGUGGCUAUUCCAUCAGCAGCAACGUCACCUCUCCCCGUUCCACGCGGUGCAGCAGCCCCUCCACCCCCAGUGGUAUCCUGUCCCCUGUAGGCCCCGGGGGGUCAGACAGCCACCUGCAGUGGGAGGAGCGGCAGGGCCAGUGGCUGAGGAGGAGACGGCUGGAUGGGGCCAUCAACAGGGUCCCAAUGGGCUUCUACCAGAAGGUGUGGAAGAUCCUGCAGAAGUGUCACGGCCUGUCAAUAGAUGGAUACGUGCUGCCUUCCUCUACUACCAGAGAGAUGACAGAAGGUGAGAUCAAGUUUGCGGUGCACGUGGAGUCUGUUCUGAACCACGUCCCCCAGCCAGAGUACCGACAGCUGCUGGUGGAGGCUGUGAUGGUGCUGACGCUGGUGGCUGACAUGGAUGUGGACAACAUCGGAGGAAUCAUCCUGAUCGACCGCAUCGUACACAUGGCCAAUGACCUCUUCUUACAGGACCAGAGGACCCAUGGAGCCAACGAGUACUUCCUGGAGAAGGAUCCAGCCACGGGGAUAUGCCACUUCUUCUAUGACAGCGCCCCUAGUGGCAGCUACGGUACCAUGACCUACCUCUCCAAGGCUGUGGUCACAUACCUACAAGACUUCCUGCCACAGUCUACCUGUCUCAUGCAAUGAGGUCUCAGACUGGGUUUGAUGUAGAGCACUCUCUCCCUGGCCUCGCAGGCAGCUAAUCAAGAGAGUCUAGUCAAGUAAUAUAUUAUAGUGUGGAACGAAAUACUACUGCCUCGUUCCAAUUCUCCCCAAGUGUACACUCGUUCACUCCCGUUCAAGGAUGAUUUAAAAUCAUUGGGAUUGAAUUCUUGAAGUGAAUGAGUGCACACUUCAGAGAGAAGGGGGUGAACUAGACUUAGGUAGGAAGUUGGAUGGGGUUUGACCUAUGACCUAUGACUAAGAUAUUCACAACACACACUCUACUCAAAGGAGUUUUAUUGCAGCUAAUUGAUUGAUUAUAAUCAAUAAUAUAGCAGGUUUGAAAUUAAAUAUAUAAUUACUUAUAAUUAAAUAUAUGUUUGUUUUUUAUUUUGAGUGUUGGAUGACACACGGUACUAAAAUUAUUUAUAAUUUUAACAUUUAAUAUAUAUGUGUAAAUCAGACGGAGUUGUUUAAAACGAUCUAAUAUGAUAUAAUGAGUGUAUUUGACCUUGCCCUCCUCUAUUGUAUCAGUCUCACCCUGUGUUGUGGGGUUAUAAACCUAUCCAGAAGUUACUAUGUUAUCCCGUGUUGAAGUACUGCAGCUGACUGUACCUUUCAUCCCACUUUACAACGACAUUUACCUCUCAUGUUAUCUGAGGUGUGGCUCAUCAUCACCACUGUGUUGUGGGGUUAUAAACCUAUCCAGAAGUUACUGUGUUAUCCCGUGUUGAAGUACUGCAGCUGACUGUACCUUUCAUCCCACUUUACAACGACAUUUACCUCUCAUGUUAUCUGAGGUGUGGCUCAUCAUCACCACUGUAUGUGUCACAAAUACUGUGCAUUUAUCCAUAUGUACCCGGAGCAUGUCAGCAAUGCCUUCAUAGCUGCUAAUGUGUAUGUGAACGUUUAUCUGUGAAGUAAACAUAAUGACAAUGUGAUUAUAUAUAUAACAUGGUUGAAUCAGUCCAACAGUGGUUCAUGCCAUAUUUCAGCCUUUUAGCCGUAGUCAUUCAGUACAACACUGUGUGUUAGACAUUAGCAUCCCCGUAGUCAUUCAGUACAAGACUGUGUGUUAGACAUUAGCAUCCCCGUAGUCAUUCAGUACAAUACUGUGUGUUAGACAUUAGCAUCCCGUAGUCAUUCAGUACAAUACUGUGUGUUAGACAUUAGCAUCCCCGUAGUCAUUCAGUACAAUACUGUGUGUUAGACAUUAGCAUCCCCGUAGUC